UUUAAAUCGGGAACAGCCUGUACUUUAGAAAGUAUUUGAAAGAGGGCAUUGUCCAUAGCAUUUAUUGUUACAUGUUUACAACAUUGAGAAGCAAGGACCAUCAUUGUUAGUACGAUUUGGUCAGGUUUCAACAGUCGAAAUCAUAAACCGUUUCACUUUAUUUUUAUUCAAGUUUCAAAAAAAUAGCUACUUUUUUUCAUUGAAUUGUUUCUCUUUGAAUGCUAGGAAAAGUAGUUCUAGUGAUAUCUUUCUUCUGACUGAAUUUCCUAUUACGUUUAUAUCCUGGAUCCCACUUUCUUUUCGUAUCAACAUUCAACAUUACAGCUAAAAUAGAAGUCCUUUUGCUAUUUCAUCUUUUGGAGUCCAAGCAUUGAGUUAACUUCAAUCGCUUUUACAAAUCCUUUCUUUAUUAUUAUAGUUACAGCUUCUUUUUACCCUUGUUUAAGAUCUAAAAUGUCACAAGAAGUUCCUUUUGGGCAUGCUUUAACUCGGCAUUUUAUGUUAGACGAGAACUAUGUCUCUGUGAACAAUGCGAGCUGUGGCGUGGUAUGUGUUCCUGCUUUUCAACAGCACAUACGGUUGUUGGAAGAAUCAGAGAAGGUACAAGAUCUACAGACGAGAUACAGAUUACCCAAACUAGCCGAACAAACUCUGAACCAAAUAGCAGAGCUUUUGGAUACCAGUCCUAGCAACCUCGCGUUCUGUUUUUCCGCUACGCAGGCAAUUAGUUCUAUUCUCUUAACAUUUCCAUGGACACCUAACGAUCGGAUACUAACAUUGAAUCUAGCCUAUCCUACAUGCCAAUUUGCCGUUGAUUUUGUUCGAGAUCGGCACGGUAUUCAGGUAGAUACAAUAGAUAUCGACCUUGCUUAUAAUCGUUUGGAGCUUUUAUCCCAAAUAGAAUCGUAUUUGGAAAAGAAUAAACCAAGAGUGUUCGUAUUCGAUUUUGUCACUUCUAUGCCAGUGGUUCAAUUACCUUGCAAGGAAAUUGUUCAAAUCUGUAAAAAGUAUAAUGUGAUUAGUGUCAUAGAUGCUGCUCAUGGCAUUGGCCUUUGUCCACUUUCUUUGUCAUCCUUAGACCCUGAUUUCCUAUAUACUAAUGCUCAUAAAUGGCUGAAUGCACCUUCAGGUACGACCAUAUUGUACGUGUCUGAAAAGUACCAUGAUUCAAUCGAGGCCCUUCCAAUCUCCUAUGGCUAUCAUAUUCGUAAAGAAAACUCUCCUCCAGCGGAUGCUCUAAACGUAAGGUUUUUAUAUGCUUCUUCUACGGAUUUACCUAAAUACAUUGCCAUUAAAGAUGCCAUAGCGUUCAGAAAAUCAAUUGGCGGUGAACAUAAGAUACAAAGCUAUAACUAUCAAAUUGCUAUAAAAGGAGCUAAAAUUAUCGCUGAAGCCUUAGGAACAUCAUAUUUCGCGUUAGCUCCUCCUAUUGCUAUGGUAAAUGUCGAAAUUCCCCUGCGGUGUAUACCAUCCAGUUCGUUUUUAGAGGAAUUCUGGCAAAAGAAGAAUACUUUUCUUCGCUUUGUAAAGUACCAUGGCAAAAUUUACACUCGAAUCGCUGGUGCUCCUUUCUUGGAAGAGUCGGAUUUUCUAUACACAGUAGAUGUCUUAAAGGAACUUUGUCAAUUUUCGCAUGAAAGCUAAGUAUUUACAACAUGAUUUUUGAGGUUAAUCUACCACUUCUGGCUAUGUAUGACUCACAGGUAUGAGAUAUGCAUAAAUAAUACAAUUUUAAUUCAUAACAUGUUUUUUAUAGUUCAGAGAACAUCCAUAUGCUUUCCAACAUAUGGACAAAUAUAUAAAUUACAAAAAGCCUAUGCAAUAAAUCCUAUUCUACAUUUUUUUAGUUCUUACGCAAAGACUUUCUGCAGGAAAAUGAACAAACGUUAAGCGCAAGCGCAGGGUAAGGGAAGAAACAUAAGUCGAAGGUACAAAGGGAGCUCUAAAAAGAAAGUACAAACGGUUACAGAGCAUGGACAAAUCAUAAACUUAGAACAUUUGCUACGGCUUUCUUUAAGCAGAAGCAGUAGCCUUCUCAGCAGAUUCAGCUUCAACGUUUUCAGCAGAAGCUUCUGGGGCGGCGACAGGAGCGGCAGGAG